AUGCUGCUCCCCAAAGGCGGCGUGACCUGGAAGUCCGCCAAAGCAAGAUUACCACCAUGGAGAGCUAUAUUAAUGUUUUUGACCCGGACACGAUUUCUGGUGGCCGUCGCUCUCACUGGCCUGAUUGUGUUAUUAUGGAGGGGGAUUUCUGUAUCAACGCGGGAGAUGUCAAAUUAUUACUGCUUUGGUCCCUCGAAGCCGCCGACGCAGAUGUCCAUCAACGAAAUGGUGGCGUGGAACCAGCACUUACAAACACCAGUGCUUUUUAAUCACCACGAGCCGCUCGAAGUCAACGCGAGCACUAUUCAACGGGUAGACCUGAACCCGAUCGUCUCGACCCCGAGGGCAGUCAGCAACCAGGAACGAGUCCUCAUCCUGACGCCAUUGCGGGAUGCCUCGCCCUACUUGAUCAAAUACUUCGAUCUCCUCACCGAGCUUACCUAUCCUCAUGACCUGAUUGACCUUGCUUUCCUGGUUGGCGAUUCCACGGAUGACACUCUGGCAGUUCUGUCGUCCGAACUCAACCGCAUUCAGUCGCGGACGGACAAGAUACCUUUCCACAGUGCCACAAUUGUAGAGAAGGACUUUGGCAUGACAUUGAACAUGGAUGUGGAGACCAGGCACGGCUUUGCCGCACAAGGACCAAGAAGGAAAGCAAUGGGAAGAGCGCGGAACUACCUUCUCACCGCCGCAUUGAAACCUGAUCAUGCCUGGGUCUACUGGCGGGAUGUCGAUAUCGUGGACAGCCCCAAGAAGAUCAUCGAGGAUUUUGUUGCUCAUGACCGAGAUGUUUUGGUCCCGAACAUCUGGUUCCAUCGUUACGAGAACGGUCGCGACAUCGAAGGCCGUUUCGACUACAACUCGUGGAUCGAGUCUGACAAGGGCCGACGGCUGUCUUCCACCCUCGACAAAGACAUUGUGCUUGCCGAAGGUUACAAGGAGUAUGACACCGGCCGGACGUACAUGGCCCGCAUGGGUGAUUGGAGAAACAACAAAGAUGAAGAGAUCGAACUAGACGGCAUUGGAGGUGUAAAUAUUCUGGUCAAGGCCGAUGUUCAUAGAUCAGGGAUCAACUUCCCCUGUUACGCCUUCGAAAACCAGGCAGAGACAGAAGGCUUCGCGAAGAUGGCCAAGAGAGCAGGUUAUCAAGUCGUUGGCUUGCCGAAUUAUGUUGUCUGGCACAUUGAUACGGAAGAAAAGCCAGGCAAUGCCGGAUAG